AUGGAACAUUUGGUUCAAUGCUCGGCUAAUUAUGUACCUCUCUCUCCCAUAAGCUUCCUUGAGAGAGCUUCCAUGGUGUAUGGUGAGAGAAUCUCCAUUGUUUAUGGCUCGUUGAAGUACACAUGGAACCAAACCUUUCAAAGAUGCUGCAAAGUUGCCUCUGCACUCAAUCAUAUGGGAGUCUCCAAUGGUGAUAUUGUUGCCGCAUUGGGUCCAAACAUCCCAGAGUUGUACGAGCUUCACUUCGCGGUUCCGAUGGCCGGCGGCGUCGUUUCGCCACUGAGCAUAUACCAGGAUGCGACGGAGGUAGCCGCACAGUUGAAACUACUUGAAGCUAAAAUCUUGUUUGUUGAUUAUCAGUACCUCAAACUCGCCGUGGAAGCCCUCGAGAUCAUCACGGAGACCUGCUCCGAUUUCAAGUUUCCUUCCGUCGUGCUCAUGUUAGAGACAAACCCCGAGGCCAAAACCGACGCCGAUGCUGAUCGAUUCUCCGGUUACAAAACUUACGCUUCGCUUAUCGAUCUCGAACCGGAUUCCGGGUUGGAGAUCGUAAGGCCGAAGAGCGAGCUUAAUCCGAUCUCCAUCGUGUUCACGUCGGGAACGACGGGGAAUCCGAAAGGAGUGGUUCAUAGUCACAGAGGAGGUUAUUUGACAACCCUAGCUCAAAUCAUUCUCAAUGAGAUGAAAGCCAUGCCGGUGUUUUUAUGGACCGUCCCUAUGUACCACUGCAACGGGUGGUGUUUCAUUUGGGCGACCGCCGCUCUCGGCGGCACAAACAUUUGCAUUAGAACAUACGACGCCAAGUUCAUAUUCGACGCCAUCGUCAAACACAAUGUGACCAACCUCGGCGGUGCGACACCGGUUCUUAGCUUAAUCGCCAACGCGAACCAAAAACCACUUCCGUUCAAGGUGAACAUAAUGACCGGCGGCGCUCCACCGCCGGCUCACGUUGUUUUCAAGAUCGAAGAGCUCGGGUUUAUUCUCACUCACUCCUACGGCAUGUCGGAGAUGUUAGGCCCCGGAACAGUGUUUCCAUGGAGGCUGGAAUAUAAUUCUCUUUCCCUUCAAGAACAAGCGAGAACCAAAGCUAUUCAUGGGCUGAACCACAUGUUGAUGGAGGCCGUCGAUGUUAAAGAUUCGGAGACGAUGGAAAGCGUUCCGUUCGACGGGUUCACUUUAGGUGAAGUGAUGUUCAGAGGCAACACCGUGACGAAAGGUUACUACAAGGAUCCGGAGAGGACUAAAGCGGCGUUCGAAGGUGGCUGGUUUCAUACCGGUGAUAUCGCGGUGAGACAUCUUGAUGGGAACAUUGAAGUUAAGGAUCGGAAGCUCGAUUUGAUUAUCUCCGGGGAUAAGAAAAUCGGCACGGUGGAUGUCGAGGGGGUGCUGUUUACGCAUCCAGCGGUUUUCGAGGCCGGGGUUGUGGGGAAGCCGGAUGACGAGUUGGGAGAGACGGUUUGUGCCUUUGUGAGGCUUAAGGAAGGGUGUGAGGCCACCGGUGCCGAUGAGAUCAUCGAGUACUGCCGUGGAAAGCUGCCGGAAUAUAUGGUGCCGAAGACUGUGGUGUUUGAUAAUCUGCCGUUCACUUCGACGGGGAAGCUGAAGAAGGCUGUUUUAAGGGAAAGGGCUAAGGCUCUUGCUUGA